AUGCCUAGAGAAAUCAUCACCAUCCAGGCGGGCCAGUGCGGCAACAGCAUCGGCAGCCAGUUCUGGCAACAGCUCUGCCAGGAGCAUGGCAUCAGCCAAGAUGGCAAUCUUGAGGAAUUUGCGACUGAGGGCGGCGACCGGAAAGACGUCUUCUAUUACCAGAGCGACGACACGCGAUACAUACCGCGAGCCAUCCUGAUCGACCUCGAGCCCCGCGUGAUCAACGGCAUCCAGACCGGGCCGUACAAAAACAUCUACAACCCAGAGAACUUUUACGUCGGCAAGAACGGUAUCGGCGCUGGCAACAACUGGGGUGACGGCUACCAGACCGGCGAGCAAGUGCACGAGGAAAUCAUGGAGAUGAUCGACCGGGAGGCGGACGGCAGCGACAGCCUCGAGGGCUUUAUGCUGCUGCACUCGAUUGCCGGCGGUACGGGGUCUGGUCUGGGAUCCUUUUUGCUGGAGCGGCUCAACGACCGGUUUCCGAAAAAGGUCAUCCAGACAUACUCGGUGUUCCCGGACACCACGGCUGCAGGCGACGUCGUGGUCCACCCCUACAACAGCAUCCUCGCCAUGCGACGGUUGGUGCAGAAUGCCGACUCGGUCGUUGUGCUCGACAACGGCGCGCUGUCCCACAUUGCCGCCGACCGGUUGCAUGUACAGGAACCCUCGUUCCAGCAGACGAACCAACUGGUAUCGACCGUCAUGUCUGCCAGCACCACCACACUACGCUACCCCAGCUACAUGCACAACGAUCUCGUCAGCAUCCUCGCCUCGCUCAUCCCUACCCCGCGCUCCCACUUCCUCAUGACCGCCUACACCCCCUUCACCGGCGACCAGGUCGAGCAGGCCAAGACGGUGCGCAAGACAACCGUGCUCGACGUCAUGCGCCGCCUGCUUCAGCCCAAGAACCGCAUGGUGUCGACGGCCCCCGGUCCUGGCGGCAAGGCCGGCCGCAAGAGCUGCUACAUUUCGAUCCUCAACGUCAUCCAGGGCGAAGUGGACCCGACUGACGUGCACAAGAGUCUGCUGCGGAUCCGUGAACGGAGACUGGCCACAUUUAUCCCCUGGGGCCCGGCGAGCAUCCAAGUCGCUCUGACGAAACGGAGUCCGUACGUGCCAAUGAGCCACCGCGUGAGCGGUCUAAUGCUGGCCAACCACACCAGCAUAGCAACACUCUUCAAGCGCAUUGUUCGGCAGUACGACGGUAUGCGGAAACGCAACGCCUUUAUCGACGCAUAUAAAAAGACGGCACCCUUCUCGGACAAUCUGAGCGAGUUCGAUGAGGCGCGGGAGGUUGUGACGGACCUUAUUGGCGAGUACGAGGCAGCCGAAGAGGGCGACUACUUGAGUGCGCCACACGACAAGACCGCAGCGGCAGAAGACCCAAGAGACCGGUGA